UAAUAAAAUUCACAGGAAGUACGAGCUUAGUAGCCAAAGGUGAAAUCAAACCCGACCCGAUUUGUGAGAGGCCAUGGUAGAGAAGAAGACCACCCGUGUGGAACACGUUCGUGUGCUGUGUUUCACACUAUAAGCCCUCAAACUAUCUCAGAUAUCUCAUCAACUCCUUGUCUUGUCUUCUUCUCUCCGGUUAUGUGUUAGUAUUUUAUAAUUGACCACACCAGAUAUCUAAUAUAUGCAAUUGGCACAACCCAGCGCGUGCUUCUUAAAACCUUCUUCUCUAUUCAAUACCUCUGCGUUCGUUCCCACCUUCAGCCAUCGAAUGAGGAUUGAUUUCCAAUCAUGUCUAUAUUAGCGAAUAUCUUCUAUUUCGAAGCUUUAGGCGCGUUGGAUAGGAGGAACAUGGUUAGCGUUUACGACCUUGGAGAUUUUGUUGCUCCCCAAGGUUCGAGGAGCAAUUGUGACGAGUUUAUUUGUUGGUAAAAGAGAGGUUGAUCUUUGGCCAUGUCUUCCCUUCAACUCUUCCAACUAACCCAGCAUGGCCAGGGUUUUCUGGCUUCGAGGAGAAAAACUCUGCUACUUGCAACUGGUAUAUUAGUUGCUGGUGGAACUGCGGCAUAUGUGCAAUCAAGGAUUAGAGUUAAUAGACAUGAUUUAUUAGGCGAUUCUGGUGAGCAGAAUAAUGAUAGAGAACUCCCAAAGGAGGAGGUUAGGAAAAGAACUUCUGCACCGAAAGGUAAACAGAAAAAAGGAGGGUUGAAGUCACUUCAAGUGCUUGCUGCAAUUCUUCUAUCUGAGAUGGGCCAAUUAGGUGCAAAGAACCUUUUAGCUUUAGUUUGUAUAGUGGUGAUGCGAACCACUUUAAGCAACAGGCUAGCAAAAGUACAAGGCUUCCUAUUUCGUGCUGCCUUUCUUCGACGUGUGCCGAUGUUUUUGCGAUUAAUUACAGAGAAUAUUGUUUUGUGUUUCCUCUCAUCAACUAUGCAGUCUACAUCAAAGUACAUUACUGGGACUUUGAGUCUACACUUCCGGAAAAUAUUGACUACACUUAUCCAUUCUCACUACUUCAAGAACAUGGUGUAUUACAAAAUAUCACAUGUUGAUGGUCGGAUAACUAAUCCAGAGCAAAGAAUUGCCAGUGAUGUUCCAAGGUUCUGUUCAGAGUUAAGUGAGAUUAUACAGGAUGACCUAACUGCGGUGACUGAUGGCCUGCUAUACUCUUGGCGGCUUUGUUCAUAUGCAAGCCCUAAAUAUAUCUUCUGGAUAUUGGCCUAUGUACUCGGAGCUGGGGCUACAAUCAGAAACUUUUCUCCUGCCUUUGGUAAACUUAUGUCCAGAGAGCAGGAAUUGGAAGGAGAGUAUCGGCAGCUUCACUCACGGUUAAGGACUCACUCAGAAAGUAUAGCAUUUUAUGGUGGAGAGAGGAGAGAAGAAGCUCAUAUUCAACAGAAGUUUAGGACCUUAUUUAGACACAUUAAGAGAGUGCUACAUGACCAUUGGUGGUUUGGCAUGAUUCAGGAUUUUUUAUUGAAGUACCUUGGUGCUACUGUUGCUGUUAUUUUGAUUAUUGAACCUUUCUUUUCUGGCCAUCUAAGGCCUGACAGUUCAACUUUAGGGCGUGCAGAGAUGCUAAGCAAUCUGAGAUAUCAUACUAGUGUCAUUAUUUCCCUUUUUCAAUCUCUAGGAACUCUUUCCAUUAGUGCAAGACGGCUGAACCGACUCAGUGGUUAUGCUGAUCGUAUUCAUGAGUUAAUGGCCAUAUCAAGAGAGUUAAGCUUGGAGAAUGAGAACUUUUCACUGCAAAGACAAGGAAGUAGAAAUUGCAUAAGUGAAGCUAACUACGUUGGAUUUUAUGGUGUCAAGGUUGUGACCCCUAAUGGUAAUGUAUUAGUGGAUGAUCUAACUCUUAAGGUUGAGCCAGGAUCAAAUCUUUUGAUUACAGGUCCAAAUGGAAGUGGAAAGAGCUCAUUAUUCCGGGUUUUAGGAGGUCUUUGGCCCUUGGUAUCUGGACAUAUUGUGAAACCAGGAGUAGGAUCUGAUCUUAAUAAAGAAAUCUUUUAUGUGCCACAAAGACCAUAUACUGCUGUAGGAACACUACGUGAUCAGUUAAUUUAUCCUCUUACUGCCGAUCAAGAGGAUGAACCACUUACAAAUGGUGGGAUGGUGGAGCUAUUGAAAAAUGUUGAUCUUGAGUAUCUAUUGGAUCGAUAUCCACCUGAAAAAGAGGUAAACUGGGGUGAUGAACUUUCAUUGGGUGAGCAACAAAGGUUAGGCAUGGCUAGACUUUUCUACCAUAAGCCUAAGUUUGCCAUUCUUGAUGAGUGCACAAGUGCUGUCACAACUGAUAUGGAAGAACGAUUUUGUGCUAAAGUUUUGGCUAUGGGUACAUCAUGUAUUACCAUAUCACAUCGUCCAGCAUUAGUUGCGUUCCAUGAUGUGGUUUUGUCCUUAGAUGGUGAGGGAGGCUGGAGUGUUCAUCAUAGAAGUGAGGACUCUUCUACCGCAUUACAAAAUAAUACAAUGAAGGCAUUGGAGACAAAAAGACAGAAUGAUGCCAAGGCAGUUCAAAGAGCAUUUGCGAUGCAUAAAAAGGAUUCUGCAUUCUCGAAUUCAAAGGCACAGUCAUAUAUUACAGAAGUGAUAGCAUCAUCUCCAUCUACGAAACAUACUGCUUCAUCUGCUGUUCCCCAACUUUGUGGUAAUUCAAGGGCACUGCCAAUGAGAGUAGCUGCCAUGUGCAAAGUAUUGGUGCCCACCAUAUUUGAUAAACAAGGAGCACGACUGCUUGCUGUUGUUAUUCUUGUUGUUUCAAGGACCUGGGUGUCAGAUCGGAUUGCAUCACUGAAUGGUACUACUGUAAAGCUUGUUUUAGAGCAGGAUAAAGUUUCCUUUAUUCGAUUAAUUGGUACAAGUGUUCUCCAAAGUGCUGCAUCUUCUUUCAUUGCGCCUUCUAUAAGACACUUGACUGCGAGGCUUGCUCUUGGUGGGCGGAUUCGUUUGACACAACAUCUACUCCAGAACUAUUUAAGAAACAAUGGAUUUUACAAGGUCUUCCACAUGGCAAGCAAAAAUAUUGAUGCUGAUCAAAGGAUAACUCAUGACUUGGAGAAGUUAACAACAGACUUGUCAGGACUGGUCACUGGAAUGGUAAAGCCAUCUGUGGAUAUUUUAUGGUUCACUUGGAGAAUGAAGCUGUUAACAGGUCGGAGGGGAGUUGCCAUACUCUAUGCUUACAUGUUACUUGGUCUGGGAUUUCUAAGAACUGUUACUCCAGAAUUUGGCGAUUUGAUAAGUCAAGAACAACAACUUGAAGGAACAUUUAGGUUCAUGCAUGAAAGACUUUGUACUCAUGCUGAAUCUGUUGCUUUCUUUGGUGGCGGUUCUCGAGAAAAAGCUAUGGUCGAGUCUAGAUUCAGGGAGCUUCUCACUCACUCCAAGUUACUUUUAAAAAGGAAGUGGCUGUUUGGUAUCCUGGAUGAUUUUAUCACUAAGCAACUUCCACAUAAUGUGACUUGGGGCUUAAGCUUGUUAUAUGCCAUGGAACACAAGGGAGACCGUGCUUCAAUAACCACCCAGGGUGAACUGGCACAUGCACUGAGGUUUUUGGCUUCUGUAGUUUCUCAAAGCUUUUUAGCUUUUGGUGAUAUUCUUGAAUUGCAUAGAAAGUUUGUAGAGCUCUCUGGUGGAGUUAACAGAAUUUUUGAGCUUGAAGAACUUCUGGAUGCGGCACAAUCUGAGGAUUUCACGAGUCUUAGUUCUAUACCUCCAGUGAGGGAUGUUCAUUCCACUGACGUCAUUUCCUUCUCAAAAGUUGAUAUCAUAACCCCUGCUCAAAAGAUGUUGGCUAGGGAAUUAAUAUGCGACAUUGAGGGUGGGAGAAGCCUACUUGUUACUGGUCCGAAUGGAAGUGGAAAAAGUUCCAUUUUCAGAGUUCUUAGAGGACUCUGGCCAAUAGCCAGUGGAAGACUCUCUAAACCAUCCGAGGUUGAGGAUCAAGAGACUGGAUCCGGUUGUGGCAUCUUUUAUGUUCCUCAACGGCCAUAUACAUGUUUGGGAACCCUAAGGGAUCAGAUUAUAUAUCCCCUUUCCCGUGAGGAGGCAGAGGUUAAGGCACUGAAAAUGUAUGGAAAAGGUGAAAAGCAUGCUGACACCAGAACUUUGUUAGAUUCACGGUUAAAAUAUAUCCUAGAGUGUGUCCGAUUGAAUUAUCUUCUAGAAAGGGAGGAAGGCAAUUGGGAUGCCACUUUAAAAUGGGAAGACACACUUUCCCUUGGAGAACAACAGAGAUUGGGGAUGGCACGCUUGUUCUUUCACAAGCCCAAAUUUGGUAUCCUUGACGAGUGCACCAAUGCAACUAGUGUUGAUGUCGAAGAACAUCUGUAUGGACUUGCGAAAGAUAUGGGAAUCACGGUUGUUACUUCGUCACAACGUCCUGCUUUAAUACCAUUCCAUUCAGUGGAAUUGCGGCUGAUUGAUGGUGAAGGUAAUUGGGAGCUUCGAUUGAUCGAGCAGUGAGUUCACUAAAGCAUUGUUGCUGCAUAGACUCGGUAUACUGUUUAAAAUAUUGUCGAGUCUAGCAAAAACUGGCUGUUUGCAAGCAUAGAUUAGGUUUGCCAACGAAGGUCAAUCCUAUAUACCUGUAUUUUGAGUUUUCAUAUAUAUUCUCCGAGAUUCAAUGUUUACUCGAUAGACUUGGGGGAAAACGAACAAACAAGCAGCCGAAAAGCCAAAAUUGGUAAUAAGUUGGAGCACACGACCAUUGCAUGAUCUCUGCAGUGUAUAGUGACCAGUCAUGUACAGUUCCCCCCCACCCCCUCUUCUUCAUAUAGGUAGUUGAUAUUGGUUCAUAUGUUGUAGCCAUUGGAUGUAAUGAUUAACAUUUAAAUUGUUUUAUCAAUAAAACAGCAGGAAAGAAGAGAAGCUCUUCGGGCUAGUUUGUUA